AUGGCAACACGUUCACAUACUCGUUUUACUGAUGACAUUUUUUGUACACCAGCACCAACUACAUCAAACAUACAAGUUAAAACUAUUGAUAUACUUCGUAAUGAAAUUUUCUUUUCAAAUCUUUAUGAAGAAUAUCGACAAGGUUUAUUUGCUGCAGAAGAAUUAAAUUCAAAAGAUUUAUAUGAAAAUUAUUUACCAAAUUUUGAAAAUCAAAAUAAAUUAUUUAUUUUUGAUUUACUUAAUAAUAAACAUAAAUAUUUACCAUCACCUAAUAAAUCAAUAUUAAUAACACGAUGGAAACCAUUUAUACCAAUUAUAGAAUCUAAUAGUCAAUUAUCAACUAUAAUUAAAUUUCAAGACGAUAUUUUUAAUUAUAAAUCAGACGGUAAUAUUCAAACAAUUGAAUGGUAUUUAAAUUUUGCAAAUAAUGAUCUAUUUGCAUAUUAUGGAGGUCCUUUAUUAGCUCAAGAUGAAUUACAAGUAUUAGAAUGUGUUGAAUUAGCUUCUUUAAGACAAUAUUUGAGUCAAACAAUUAAUACAGUUGGUUCACGUACAGUUGGUUCAGAUGCACAUAAUAAUAAAUCAGUACCAACACCCAUUCUAAUCAGUAAUACUGAAAGAGUAAUUGAUUUAGAUACAAAAGAUAUUUAUGGUAAUGCAUUUGCCCGUGCAAAUAAAGAACAACUUCAACAUGCAUUUAAACUGGUUGACCCACCUCAAAUUGUUAAUUUAAUUGCAAUUGAAGCACCAAGUAAUGGUGAGGGUUGUUAUACAUACGAACAAAUUAAUUACAUACUCACAAAUUGUUAUACGGGUUUCAAAGCAGCACAAAUACUUGCACAUAAAACUUAUGAAAUGAAUAGAUAUGCUUCAAAUUCUGAUCAUCAACGUCCAAGUCAUAAUGAAACGAAUAAUUUUCGUACAAUAAUACAUACAGGUUGGUGGGGUUGUGGUGCAUAUGGAAAUAAUCGACAAAUAAUGCUUAUUACUCAAAUGUUGGCUGCACAUUGGGCUCAAAUAGAUGAGAUUAUUUUUCAUACACAGAAUAAUGAACAUUCGAAAGAUAUUGCCAUAGCUCAAACAGUUUUUGAGAAAUUGAAAGAUGAACAACAAGUUAAAGAAGUCAUAAAUAAAAUCAUUAAAUUAAAUUUAGAAUGGGAAAAAUCCAAUAAUACAUAA